AUAGUUUGAACGAGGCAUUUUAUCGAGAUGAAUCAGUGGUGUGGAAAAAUAGCUGCUGUGACUGGCGCCAGUUCCGGAAUCGGCAAAGCCACCAGUAUAGCUUUACUGAAGCACGGUGUGAACGUGGUUGGGCUGGCAAGAAGAUUGGAAACUAUGAAGAAGAUACCGAACGAAGUGGAAGGUAUAAAAGGUAAAUUUUAUCCGAUUCAAUGCGACCUUUCCAAGGAAGAGGAUAUCAUAAAAGCGUUCAAAUUCGUCGAGACGCUCGGGGGCGCUGAUAUUUUGGUGAACAACGCCGGCUUAGGAUACGUGGAAAGCAUCACAGAGUCUUCCACGGAACACAUGAAAAACGUGCUGGACUUAAAUGUACUAGCCUCAGCAAUUUGUGCACGGGAAAUUACACAGUCAUUGAGAAAACGCAAGGCAAGAGGACAAAUCAUUAACGUAAACAGUGUUCUUGGACACAAUGCAGCGCUGAUAUCUAAACCGUGUAGCCUUUACGAAACGAGCAAAUAUGCGAUAACUGGGAUGUCGGAAACGUUAAGAAAAGACAUGCAACAAUCAAAAGCGCCGAUUAAAGUAACGAGCUUAUCACCUGGAAUAGUGAAGACAGAUCUUUCGCUUCUUCAGGAUGCUGGCGGUGAAACAUUUUUCGAUGCAGUAUCACACAUAUAUAGUGAAGAUAUUGCCGAUGGCAUCAUAUAUGUCCUUACUACACCACCGCAUGUACAGGUGAACGAAUUGACAAUUACAGCUUUGCACAGCGGAAUUAUUCCUACUGAAAAAAUAAAACUAUAACUUUUGUAAUAUUGAUGUAGUAAAAUUAAUAUGAAAUUAUUUACCACCUAUAUUAAUAAAGCAUGGUAUUAUAUUAAAA